ACUACUAGCGGCGAGACACAUUUGAGUGCGGCGCAUUCCUGUGCACGGUAUCCGCGAACGAGGGCUCUCAGGUGGGGGAGACACACCGCGACGCCUCGCUUGCAGGGGGCCCGGAGGAGCUCACCCCAAAAGCCAAACUCACAUUGGACUUCGCGCUGUAAGAUUGGGGGAUAGUCGACGACCCGUCCGCGGCUUUCGGGGCCUCGGGAGAGGAUAUGUCGGAGCUUCUGCUGAACGUGCUUGGGGAGCGGCUCGUCAACCGCGAGAAAGCCGAGGUGGACGUUCAGGCGCUCGGCGAGCGGGUGUCGCUGCUCGGCCUGUUCUUUGGUUGCGGCCUGAACGCGCCGUGCCGGCAGUUUAACGGCAGCUUGUGCGACUUCUACAGCCGCUUCAAGAAGACUUCGGAGCAUCGAGACCAGCUGGAAGUGGUGUUCGUCUCCUCGGACCAGGAGCAGAAACACUGGCAGGACUUUCUGCAGGAGAUGCCCUGGCCCGCCUUGCCCUUCAAAGACAGACAUAAAAAGAUGAAGCUGUGGAACAAGUACAAGGUGACCAGCAUCCCAUCGCUCGUGUUCGUGGACGCCGCCACAGGGAAGGUGGUGUGUCGAAACGGUCUGCUGGUGGUCAGGGAUGAUCCUAAAGGUCUUGAGUUCCCCUGGGGGCCCAAGCCUUUUGCUGAGGUGGUGGCGGGGCCUUUGCUCAGGAGCAACAGGCAGACGACUGACAGCGCUUCCCUGGAGGGGCACUACGUGGGGGUCUACUUCUCGGCACACUGGUGUCCACCAUGCCGCAGUUUGACACGAGUGUUGGUAGAGUCGUAUCGCACCAUCAAAGAGUCGGGUCAAAAGUUUGAGAUGGUCUUCGUCAGCGCUGACAGGUCUGAGGAGUCUUUCCAGCAGUAUUUCAGUGAGAUGCCCUGGUUGGCGGUGCCAUAUUCAGACGAAGCUCGACGUUCGCGACUCAACAGGCUGUACGGGAUUCAAGGUAUACCCACUCUGAUCCUGCUGGACACCGAGGGUCACGUGAUCACGCGACAGGGACGCGUGGAGGUGCUGAACGACCCUGAGUGCCGCCUGUUCCCCUGGCACCCUCGGCCCGUGCUGGAGCUGAGCGAGGCUAAUGCCGCACAGCUUCACGAGGGACCAUGCCUUGUUCUAUUUGUGGACGCUGAGGAGGAAGGCGAGCUGGAGCCGGCCAAGGAGCUGAUCCGGCCCAUCGCUGAGAAACUGAUGACUAAGUACAAAGCCACCGAGGAGGAGACGCCGCUGCUUUUCUUUGUGGCCGGAGAGGAUGACAUGAGCGACUCACUGCGUGAUUACACCAACCUGCCAGAGGCGGCGCCACUGCUCACCAUUCUGGACAUGUCUGCACGGGCCAAGUACGUACGCGACGUGGAGGAGAUCACGCCGGACGUGGUGGAGCAGUUCGUCGGUGACUUCCUGGCUGACAAGCUAAAGCCCGAGCCCAUCUGAGACAGGAAGUCCAAAUAUGAACGAGAAUGGGACUCGUCACAUUUCAUCAUCAAUGCACUCCUUCAGCGUCUUCACCUUUUAGUAUUUUAACUUUUUUUUUUUUCUUAACUCGUUCCAUCUCCUGUGGUGCCUUGCAUUGACUCUUUAGUCCCUACAGUUAAUAUAUACAAAGAUCCUUUUGGUUUUCCACAUACUAAUUGGUUGUCAUUGAUGGCAAUGGGCGUCCAACCCAUUUAAUUGGACUUCUAUAGCCGUCAAUGAGUUAAAUAGCAUUUCUGGAUUCUCGCGAAGCCCAGUGGACCUACUCAUCACAUGGUUUAUUUCACGUCCAGAACAUGGAAUUUAAAAAAUAAAAUGAUUGCAGCAUUUUGUUUCUAUUGUGCACAUUUGCAAAAUAAUUACAAACGAAUGACUUUAUUGUGGUACACAGCACAUCUAGACAUUAUGAAACAUGCUGUCCAGCAUUGGACAAUGUCUUCCUUCUAUAGCUUUGCGUCGCUCUCAACAGUUGUUUCCUGCCCUCAAAUAACAAGAUACUGGCAGCCAUAGCAGAGUUCAAGCUAUCCACGUAAGGAACCAUGGGAACGAAGAGCCUGCGCCCUGCCCUUUUCUCCGCCAGCUGGAGAGCUUCCAAGCUCAGCCCGUGCGUCUCUCCGCCAACCACCAAGGCGACCGGACUCCGCGCCCAGUCGUCGCAGUACGCCAUGUCAUUCAAUCUGGUCAGGGAGAGCUCGUCAUCAGAGUCUGAAUCGGAGUCCUCGAGGCGAGCGUCACUGCGAGCACGUGAAGUACUGAUCCAGCCAAAAUCACUGGGUUUGUGGGAGGAGUCAAUUUCCUGGUUUUGUCUGUUGUCAGCCACAUGGACGCCGACGUCCUCCGGGAGAUGACUCUCCACUUCCUCCCACUUCAAGUUUGAAUGAAUGGGAAGGUGGAAGUGGGCACCCAUCGCCGCUCGCAGGACUUUGGGCUCCCAGAGGUCGACACAACCUGGUGAAUGGUAAUGACAGAAAAUGUUAUUUCAUGCACAAAUGAAGGUUAAAGAAUUUAUGAAUCACCUUUAGUGAGCAACACUUGGUGGCAUCCGGCAGCGGCGGCACAUCGCAAUAUGGUGCCCAGGUUGCCGGGGUCUCUGAUGUUGUCGCAAAUGAGAGACAGGGGCACGCCAUCUUUGAUGCCAGCAAAGCUCAGUUGAGACGCGUCAGGGCGAGAAAAUAUGCCUGCACGGACAAAUAAAACAACAAUGCAUACAUCAAAAAGGUUACACUGAAAACACAAAAACAUAAAGUUGUCAUUGUUCAUGUUAAGUUUUUUUUCCCAAUUUUAUGUAAUAUAAACCUUUGCUAGACAAAACUGAUUUGAAGAAAUCGCCAAAAUACGACAAUAUUCUCAAUGUUAACAAUCAGGCAUGAAAAUGGUUCAGGGGUUAAAAAGGUGAGAAAGAAAUAUGUCCCGGUACACUAAGGCUGUCCCAAACGACUAAUUUUCUCGCAAUUAGACAGCAGACUAUUUUUACGAUUAUUCGACUAAUCCCCCCCUUUUUUAUUAUUAUUUUUUUACUAAUUUAGCAAUGAAUUUUUUUUUGUAUUUGUAUUAAAUUUGUAUUAAAGUACAAAUAAACAUGUAAAUAACACAAAAUCACAAACAAUGAGGUCAAAUGCCGAUCGCAUUAACUAGUGCAAAAGAAUGGAAUGUAAACACCGACUUCGCCUUUCCAACAUGAUUCAAAACAAUUCUUGAAAAAAAAAUAUCAUUAAUACUAUAGUAUACUACGGUAUAUUAAAUCUUAUAAUCAUUGCCAAUCAGAUUUUUCAUAUAGGCUGUCAUUUUAAAGCUAUUGUAGUGUAGAAUCUGAAUUCUGAAGUAUGUGGGAUCUAAUCCAAAAAUCGUUAUUUAUAUGACGAACAUGACGUGCUUUUAUUUUGAAAUGUUCACCAGAAGUGUGUUCGCUAAACAGCUAACUUAAGCUUUACACUCCGCAUAAAAAGCACUUUUUGUCAUUGCAUGUGGUGUCAGUAAUUUUUUAUUUUUUU